CAGCCUCAUUCGGUCCCGUGAGGGUGCCAAGUGCGGGUCGUUCGCUCGCGUUAGUUCUUCCUCUCACUGCCACACAUAACACACACACUCGAGCGGUCGAGGAGGAGAGAAACAAAAAAGUAUCCUCGAAGGAUCAUACCCUUAUCUGGAAAACCGAAUCUAACAAACACAAUGGAAACAAAGUGCUGAAAGCGAGCAAUAAAAGACUGAUUUCCAAAACCGAACAUUCGAACAAGAGAGGAACGAAAAACGCUGGUUCAAGAAAACGUUCUUAAACCCACAAACGUUACCCGAGAUUAGUUCAGGAAAGGGACGAAUCUCGGGUGUGCUCGGCCGUCUCCAACGCUAAGCUUAACUCCGCUUCUUCAUCCAAGACAAGCGAGAUCUGAGGAAGAUUACCGAAGGACUUCUUCGCCUCCAUACCCCCGCCGAAGGACAUGAGGCGGGACAGCAUGUGGUCCCUCGGACUCCCUCUCUCCGUUCUGCUCCUCCUCCUCCUGCCUCUCCUCAACAGCCAGGGAGUGGUUGCUGGAACGACUUCACCGCGCGACGACACAAAAACCAACGAUUCAACUAAGGACCUCAGCCAAGACAUAAACAAUGACGUCAUAGAUGUUCGAGAACGCCGACUGGUAGAGAGUGGGGACGCGAAAGGCAGUUGGGGGUUUUCAGUAGGGACCCUUCCUCUGGACAACAAGUACAUGAUGAUGCUCAGGAAGACAGUCAACCAGAGAGUACUGAAAAAUCGCAAGAACACUUUAACGCAGGCCAGAAUGCCCAGUGAGGGGUCCUCAGCGAGCAAGAGAAGCAAUGCGCCCCCAACCAUGCAGAGCUCCGUCAGUUCUGAGAACUCCGUUGCCAACGCCACCAAAAAGGAAGACAAGCGUAGCGUGGACAACGACAAAAUGGAAACCGAAAGUUAUAUGGAUGCCGAAAAAAGAUCUAUCGCUUCACUAGCACGUUCUGGAAGUCUACGAUCUGUAUACAACAAGAGAAAUGUUGCCUACUUUGCCAGAGCCUCUAGUCAGAACCUCACAGAUGACAUAGAUGGUGUAGAAAAGAGACAUAUUGCCAGCCUUGCCAGAAACAGCGAACUUCCACAAUUCAGCAGCAUGCAGAAGCGAUAUCUAGGCGCCCUUAUGAAGAGUCAGCCCCCAUCCUUCAUAGGAAGCAGGAAUGGUAAGCGAUAUUUUGCCUCUACACUCAACUCAUUCAGUGAUUUAGAUGAUAAUACGGAGGAAAAACGUUUCUAUGGGUCCAUCUUGAAGUCUGAUACGGUCCCAAAUUUUGGCGAAGUACACCCAGCUCAGGACAAAAGACACUUUGCAUCAUUGCUCAAGAGUGACAGUGUUCCUUUCAUUCAAGACAAGCGUUUCUUUGCCUCGCUCCUGAAAAGCCCCCAAUACGUCAGCCCUGUUGACAAUCAAGAUGUAGGUAAGAGAUACUAUGGCUCCAUUCUUAAAAGUAGAGAUGAUCCCAUUUAUGAAGAUAAACGACAUUACUCUUCGUUGCUGAAAUCUUUGCCUUCUGAAACCAAUGAGCCUGUAGUUGAGAAGCGACAUCUAGGAUCUCUUUUCAAAAGUGCAGACAUCAGUUAUUCAAAUGGAUUCCACUCUGACGAUAAGAGGUACUAUGCGUCACUACUCAAGAGCAACAGUUUCAAUAAUAAUCCAAACAGCUUUUCUGCCAAUAAACGAUAUUUGGCAUCUUUACUAAAGCAGAAAGAACCUGACACUUACGACAGUUUUUAUGAGACAAAAAGGCACCUUUCGUCCCUUUUAAGAAACAGACAAGAACGCGAGUCCCUGGGUGGCUUCAGUGAAGACAAAAGGUACUUGGCAUCUCUCCUCAAACCAAAAAGAUCUGAUGGGGCAGACGACGGCAUUCAAGAAGAUAAGAGAUAUCUUGCAUCACUUUUCAAACCAAGAAGGUCCGAUGACUCACUAGCUGAAUACACUACCGAAGACAAGAGAUAUCUGGCAUCUCUCUACAAACCAAGACGAUCUGAUGAUUCUGAUGACGCAAUGACAGAAGACAAGAGGCAUUUGUCCUCUCUCUUCAAACCAAAACGCGCUGAUGACACUAUCAACGAGGAGAAACGCUAUCUGGCAUCUCUCUUCAAGCCAAGGCGUUCAGAUGACUCAGAUGAUUUUAGUGAGGACAAGAGACAUUUGGCAUCACUCCUGUCUAAAAGAUAUGAUGACUCGGAUGACUUAAGUGAAGACAAAAGACAUUUUGCAUCCCUUUUAUCUAAAAGAUAUGACGGAUCUGAUGAUUCUGAUGAAGAAAAAAGAUAUUUUGCAUCACUUCUAUCUAGCCAAUACGAUAAUGGUGAUGAUCUAACCGAAGAAAAAAGGCACUUUGCUUCACUGCUUUCUAAAAGAUAUGAUGACUCAGAUGAUCUGAGCGAAGAGAAGAGACACCUGGCAUCAUUAUUGUCCAAAAGAUAUGAUGAAUCAGAUGACCUCAGCGAAGAUAAGAGACAUUUUGCAUCACUGUUGUCCAAAAAAUAUGAUGAAACUGAUGCUUUAAAUGAAGAAAAACGCCACAUUUCUUCCCUUCUUUACAAAAGAUUUGAUUCUGAUUCCUUGGAUGAAGACAAACGACACAUAGGGUCCCUUUUUUCUAAAAGACCUGACGAUUUUGAAUUACUGACGGAAGAUAAACGCCACAUUUCCUCUCUUUUGUACAAGAGAUUUGACGACCCUGACACUUCAGUUGAGGAAAAGAGGCACAUUGCUUCUCUCUUGUCGAAAAGAUUUGAUGAACAAGAUGCUCUUGACGAAUCCCCGGAUGCUUUUGAAGAAGCCAAAAGGCACCUAGGUUCAUUAAGGUCCAAAAAAUUCGACGAAUCCUCUGAUUUACUACAAGAAGACAAAAGGCACUUGGGUUCACUCAGGUCAAAGAAAUUUGAUGAAUCAUCAGAUUUUUUAGACGAAGAGAAGAGACAUUUGGGAUCCCUUAGAUCAAAAAAAUAUGACGACUCUUCAGAUGCUUUACAAGAAGACAAAAGGCACUUGGGUUCACUAAGGUCAAAGAAAUUUGACGAAUCAUCAGAUUAUUUAGAGGAAGAUAAGAGACAUUUGGGAUCCCUUAGAUCAAAAAAAUAUGAUGAAUCUUCAGACUAUUUGCAAGAAGAAAAAAGGCAUUUGGGUUCACUUAGGUCAAAGAAAUUUGAUGAAUCAUCAGAUUUUUUAGAUGAAGAGAAGAGACAUUUGGGAUCCCUUAGAUCAAAAAAAUAUGAUGAAUCUUCAGACUAUUUGCAAGAAGACAAAAGGCAUUUGGGUUCACUCAGGUCGAAGAAAUAUGAUGAUGAAUCAUCGGAUUUUUUAGACGAAGAGAAGAGACAUUUGGGAUCCCUUAGAUCAAAAAAAUAUGACGACUCUUCAGAUGCUUUACAAGAAGACAAAAGGCACUUGGGUUCACUAAGGUCAAAGAAAUUUGGCGAAUCAUCAGAUUAUUUGGAGGAAGAUAAGAGACAUUUGGGAUCCCUUAGAUCAAAAAAAUAUGAUGAAUCUUCAGACUAUUUGCAAGAAGACAAAAGGCACUUGGGUUCACUCAGGUCAAAGAAAUUUGAUGAAUCAUCAGAUUUUUUAGACGAAGAGAAGAGACAUUUGGGAUCCCUUAGAUCGAAAAAAUAUGAUGAAUUUUCAGAUGAUUUGCAGCAAGACAAAAGGCACUUGGGUUCACUAAGGUCAAAGAAAUUUGACGAAUCAUCAGAUUAUUUAGAGGAAGAUAAGAGACAUUUGGGAUCCCUUAGAUCCAAAAAAUAUGAUGAAUCUUCAGAUGUUUUGCAAGAAGACAAAAGGCAUUUGGGUUCACUCCGGUCAAAGAAAUUUGAUGAAUCAUCAGAUUUUUUAGACGAAGAGAAGAGACAUUUGGGAUCCCUUAGAUCAAAAAAAUAUUAUGAAUCGUCAGAUGUUUUGCAAGAAGACAAAAGGCAUUUGGGUUCACUGAGAUCUAAAAAAUUGGAUGACUCAUCCGAUCCUUUGGAAGAAAAGAGACACAUAGGUUCCCUUCGGUCUAAAAAGUUCGACGAAUCUUCUGAUGCUCCUCAGGAAGAUAAGAGACACCUGGCUUCCCUUAGAUACAAAAAACUGAAUGAAAACUCAGAAGACACUUUACAAGAAGACAAAAGACACAUAGGUUCUCUCCGGUCAAAAAAGUCUGAAGAGGAAAAAAGACAUCUAGCUUCUCUCAUGUCCAAGAAAUCUGAAGAUUCGAAGUCUCUUGAUGAAGAUAAAAGACAUAUCGCUUCGCUGCUGUCCAAAAAAUCAGACGUUAAUGUCAACGAGGAUAAACGCCAUAUUGGUUCACUCCAUUCCAAAAAGUCUGAUGAGCCUGUUCAGACAAAUGAAGACAAACGUCAUAUAGGGUCUUUAUUAUCAAAAAAAUCAAAUGACCAAGUUCAAACGACAGAAGAUAAACGUCACAUCGGUUCCCUGCUUUCGAAAAAGUCUGAUAAUUCUGCUCAAGUGAGCGAGGACAAACGUCAUAUAGGUUCUCUUUACUCGAAAAAGUCUGGCAACGCCCCAUUAGACGAAGAUAAGAGACACAUAGGCUCUCUGUUCUCUAAGAAAUCCGAUACUUCUGAACACAACGAUGACAAAAGACACCUAGGUUCCCUCUACGGCAAAAAAUCCGACACAAGUGCGACGGCUGCAGCCGCGACGGACGCAGCAAACGUCGACAAGAGACAUCUUUCCUCCCUGUUCAAGGAACGCAGUUUCAACGCCUGGCACGAUAGGUUCGGCACAGAAAAGAGGUACCUGGCCGCUCUCCUGAGAAACAGAGACGAAAAUAUCAAUUUAGGGAAGCGCCACUUCUCAUCUUUGCUGAAGCACAAAAACUCUUACGGUGACAUCUUGGAAGAAAAUGAAAUUGAAAAGCGGUACUAUGCUUCUAUCCUCAAGAGGCCGGAUGGCAGUGCAGAUCAUUUAGAAGACGAAAUACACCAGUACCAAGCCGCCAACGAAGACGACAAUGAAACAGAUAUGGAUAAAAGGCACUACUCCUCCCUUCUGAAAAACUUACCGGCACCGGAAUAUUCAGAAGUUCAAAAAAGGUACUUCGCUUCCCUCUUGAAAAAUGGUGAUGUCAGAUUCGGCGCUGGUAAACGCCAUUUGUCCUCUUUGUUCAGGAGCAGAGAAGAGAACGAGCACCCGAGGGCGAAGCGGUACAUCGGCGCCCUGGCUAAGAACAACGACCUCCCCUACCUGUACACCCGAUCUCGCCAGAACCGACGAAACGCCCCUAGAACCCCCGAGGAAAACAUCGCUUAUCUAGAACGCCUCAUCCGCUUGGAAAUUCAAAAAGGCCUUCUCAAGAAGCGGCAGCGACAGCUGGAUCUCUUGGGAUCCAACGACAAAAUGAUGGUCCUCCUCAGCAACGUCAACAAUAACAAGUUGGCCUACGAAAGUGACAGCAACAAGGCAGAGGAUUAUGACAAGCGUAAUAUCCAGUCCCUGGCGCGAAAUGGAGAACUCUACGGGUGGUCUGGGAAAAGAGAGAGCGCUCUCGAAGGCAACGGCGGAAACAUGUACAUAUAUACCCCUGUCCAAGAGGUGUCGGUUCCAUAUUCAGUCAACAAGAGAUUUUUAGGAUCCUUAGCCAGGAGCAGCUGGUUCCCGCGACAGUACAGAGGCGAUUACAGCGUCGAGAUGAAAAGGAAGCGAGCGUCCUCCCCAUUCAGCGCUAUCCCCGAGAGCAAGACGCUGCCAGCGGUUACCCUGGUUACCAAGAAGACGACGAGGAAGACGAAGACGUCGGGAUGGGUGACUCGGAAGCCUUUUAUACUUAUGCCAUUUAAAUUGUAGCCUUUUUUAAGUUCAUUUUAUCCUACUGAAGACAAGUACAGCACAUGAUGUAUACCUUUUUGUGGCAUAAGUGUUCCCCGUCAGAGAGUUGUAUAUGUUGAUAUUUAAAAAUAUAGGAGAAAAUAUCAUCUCUAUAACCAUGUGUUUAGAAUUUGUUUCUAUGACUAUCCGAGAGGUACUGUUUGUUCAUCAGGUCGUUAGUUAAGACAAUCCUUUCUGUCUCUGCUGCUGCUGAAGCAUUCUUGGAAUGGAUGGAAAAUCCUGUGGCGUCAUGACCACAAACCCAAAAGUGAAUCGUCCGCAAAUAUACCGGAUAAAUAUAAACUCUAUUUUUGCAAACUCCACCUGCCACCUCAGACGCGUACCUGAACUUUAACAACAGAAAGAUAAAAUCUCUUAUCGAUUACUGUAAUGCUGAUCUUCACUCGGCAGCUCAAACGCAUUCACUCAAAAUACCUUCUUCCAAAUUUACUCUAACGGUAUCUGCUCUAGUCGGUUUUCAUUCUUUACCCUGGAUAUGUUGGCUUCUUCUUUUAUUCUCAUCUUUAUCGCCCAGAAUAGAUGCAAGAUACAGUCAGAUUUAGGUUGAAAUGACUUUCAAGUCAAAAAAAUCAUUUCAGGAUGUUGUCAUAUGCAAAAAAUCUUUCGUCAAAACAUAAACAUGAAAGUAUCGCUUGCAGCUCGGAUCAGUGGAUCUGGUGUUUAAUUCCAGAAGCAAAAGCCAUUUUUUCUCCCAAUUAACUUUAAUUAUAAACCAAGCCGUGGCUUUUCACGCACUCUUACACAUUUCGCCGUAAUGAGAAUAUUAUGUGAAUAGUUAAGUGCUGUGAAAAGUGUGCCUAUAAAUAGACUAUUCGUAUGCGAUUACCAUUGCCCCAGUACACGGAUGUUAAUUAUGACAUUAACACUAUAUAAAUAGGAACUGAUAGAGCCAUGAUAAAAUACAGCCUCAUAAUACACAAUCAAUAAAUCCAUCCUAGCAACAUAUUGGAAGUUAACGACGCAUAAUGCAAAUUUCUUUAAUGGAACGAUUAAAAUGUCGGGGAAACUUCCAGAACUGUAGUUAGGUUAACAAUAAUUCAGAGCCUGCACAAUUUAUGACCAGGUAUUCAAGCCUCUCUCUCUCUCUCUCUCUCUCUCUCUCUCUCUCUCUCUCUCUCUCUCUCUCUCUCGCAUAAAGACUUAUCCUGCGAAUUACACAUCCGGAAGGCUCAUAACGGACAGCAUUGUAAACAUCACUCAUUAGUGACUAUUACGGAAUCCGGAAUUUGACGAGGAACGGGAGACAUUAUUCCGCCAUGGAGAACCUAAUUUCCCGACACCCCUUACCCCUCACCCCGACCCCCUUCUCCCCUUUCCCUCCCUAUCUCCCCUUCUCCCAGAGAAAGUGUAAUAAUGGCCAUAACCAUCUCCCGGGGGAAGAUUGUUUCAUAAAGCCUAGGUCCUAAAGGUAAUGCAGUUAGGGAGAAAUGUCAUUUCCUCAGCAGGUCGAGAUAAAAAAAAAAAUUCGCCUUUACAAAAGAGAAAUGACUAGUUUGGGAUAGGUUCCCCCGCUUAGGAAAAUGAGGACAGACAGAAAUGAUGACUGAUAGAUUACCAAGUCUGUCUGUUUGGCGAAUGACAAAUCUAUACAGACUGUAGGUGAAAAUGCAACUGAAUCUGUUGAAAUAAGAAUAAUGAUGAAAGAGAGAUGUGCUACUUUCACAAAAGGUAGACUCUCUCUCUCUCUCUCUCUCUCUCUCUCUCUCUCUCUCUCUCUCUCUCUCUGUUGAAAUUAAUUUGCUUAGAUCUCUUUAUGUCACACCAGCCUUUUAAAACAAAGACCUAGCAGGGGGACGUCAUGUCAGGCUUAAUUUGGCAAAGAUCCACAUGGAAGAGAUACCCACAAGUCACUCCUGCUGCGUUCAGUUUCGAAAUUCCGUAAACGGAAAAGUGAUAGUUUCGCAAACAAAGCUCAACCUCUUUCCAUUAGGUUUCCAAAUUAGAACAGUAAAAGACAAUAAAGAAAUAAGGGGAUAAGAAAAGAAGAAGAAGAAGAAGAAGAAGAAGAAGAAGAAGAAGAAUAACAUCAUCAAAGAAACGGAUUCACAAAAUUCUCCCAAACCUCUCUGGUCACGGGAUAUAUAAAUGAAAUAAAACAAAAAGAGGAGUAUAGUUUCCUGGAGUAAAGCCAAGCAAUCAUAAUGAUAAUAGAAUUGUAGCCUGGCGAAGGCCACAGGAGGUCCAGCAUCUUGGAAGAAUUAAGAGGAAGAGAAGUGGAGAAGUGUAGCAGUCUGCUGUGGAAGAGGCCCAGGCCAGCUGAUAGAUGGGGUAAUAAAGCUAUGGAUUAACGGCUCCAGACACGUCGUGAUGGAAGGAGGUCAAUAGGAUGAUAGGUCAGAGGACGACAUUGGCGAAGCUGUACCCAAUACGCUAUACGCUCAAACUUUUCUUUGGGGCAGGAAAACAACAUUAUGUAGAGUAAUAUCACAAAACUAAUAAUAAUUCGACUGUCUUACUGCUUGAAAGUUCUGUAUAAGAACAACGAAAAUCCUUAUCUGUUUCAACACGAUAGUUACGCCAUUGCUAGGUAAAAUGGUAAAUUAAUUAGUCAUGUUAUAAGUAAAAAUUAAGAUCAGAGCUCCUUUCUCAUACAAGACAACAGACACGUAUAGUAAAUCCUGUAGAUGGAUACAUGUAGAGAGAAUGAUGGAUUUCAUCAGUAUUAAUUUAGGUCAAGUCAACAGAGGACUCAUUUUCUAAUUACUAGUACUCCUCUAGCUUUCUGAUCUUUACCCUGAAUAUUCGAUUUUGAUUUUGCAUUACAAAAAUAAUAGUAAUGUUUUCAAUCUAAUUAAACUGAUACGAAGCAGUCGACAACAAACAAGAGGUUCAGAUAGUAGUAGUAUAACUAAAGGAAAGGUUAUGACAUUACAAGGAAUUAUUCUUGGCCAUAAAAAUCUUAACUGACGAAAAAACAAUUCUAGAAUAAAAAUGAACCAAUGUCAAGGGUGCGCCAUAGAAAACAUGAAUCGAAAGACCGCAGCGCUGCCUUAAUCAAGAGGAAAACCAAAGACAGAUUAGUGAAAAUAAAAGCCCGAAUCAGGUCUUUGUCAGGAUGAAAGACGUAAUUGGUACCCCGGAAUCCAGACUAAUCUUCCUUUGGAUCCUCAAGACCCUUCUCUAAUUUAUAAGAAUGAGAACACGAACGACUUUUCGAGUGAUUAUGAAAGAGGAAGAAGAAGAAGAAGAAGAAGAAGCAGUUUCCACACUCCGACUUCUUUUUUCAUCAGUGCUUUAAAAUCCCCUUUGUUUCGUCCCUUUUGUUUAGGUCAAAGUAGUGAUAUGAAUUGACGGCAAUUUUAUAAAAGGAGGGAAAUGACUGUCGAGAUACUGGUAAUUAAGCUUAUUUUCAUGGCUUCUAUAACCUGCCCCUUCCUCAUUCUCCUGUGGCAAUAUAUGAGGUUUACUUACAUAUAACUUUUGGUUUUAUAAAAAAAAAAAAAAAUCAACGAAAGGAGGCUUAGAGGUCUAUUUCCUUCUGAGAAGAUCAAAACUGGAAGGAUUCAAGUGAACUGCAAACCUAAACGAACAGGUUUUGUUUCCCAUAUUUAAUACCUUCUGAAUAAUAAUUAAUACCUUUCGAAAAAUAUCAAUCAAACUUACAAUAUUGAAUUAUACCUAAAAUUAGUUCACUACCAUCACUAGUCUGAAUAUUUUACCCUAAUGGCGAAAAAGAAAGACGAUGAAGCUUACUGGUUUCAAUAAAGUUACCAUUUGAGUAAAGACUGUAUCUUAAACGAUCAAGACUUCCUACCUAGACCUAACUGGAUUCAUAAUUUUAGAUCUAGUUUAAAAUAAGUUACGUUCUGAAGAUAUUUCCAAACUUUUCAAGGUAAAGUAAACAGUGCAAUUAAGAUUCAACUUGCAUUCAACGCAUAACUUAAGAAGUGAAUAGUACCUUUCAAGCUGGCGACCAGGAUGAUCAAUGCCUUUUAGAAUGACAUUCAGAAUAUAUUAAAGACCGUCAGUUAAGCAACGCAGCAGUUCACAAUGCUUGUAGUCACAAGGGCCAAAAUUCUUAUGAAUUUUGCACUGUAACUUGGUGAAUACCUGCAAUGUUCAGUAACUUUGAGUCGUUGUAAACAAAUUCUGAAACCUAUUCAAAGUCAGAAAUUUCUUGAAAGCAAAAUCUUACAGAAUCCAACCAUAACACAUUCCCCCCAAGAGUCAAACAUGAAGCAGAAUUUUUCAUCCAUUUCAAGACGAAGCAGACCAGUUUACCAUCUUAUUUCACCUACUGAAUAAAGCAUUGGGGACUUCUUCCACCCAUUACAAUCAUCCAUUCAUCCUCCCUCGGAUAGAGACAUAAUCAUGUAAACACUCGCUGUACCUUCCUACCUGAUGUAUUGGAGAUACGAGCAUGUAAACAGUGUACUCAGUGGCAUGGCUUCUGUUAAUAGCAGAAUGCAUGUAGUUAAUGUCUAGUUUUGUCUUCACACACAAAAGGAAAUCAUAUAUCUAUGGAUGUCUUCCACAAUCUUAUCAAGGUGAUUGUUACAAUGAUGACCACAAUGAUGAUAAUGACGAUGAUAAUGAACAGCAAUUCAAUUAUGAGCGCCAUAAUCAGGUAUGAUGAACUGAGGAGAGGAGAAGCAGCUACGGUCGAAUGGUUUUGGGGGAGUUCCCUUUUCAAGCCAUCACAGCAGAAAUCAUAUGAAUUCAGGGAUUACCUUCAAACGAACGAUUUCACAUCCGCUUUCUCUUGUUAAUUUGCCAGUGCUUUCAAAUCAGUCGCAUAUUUGACACUUUUGGAGGAGCCUCGUGACAAAAUCUUCCACCUGCAACCCUUCUCUUUCUCUCUCAGUUUCACUCGUGUGUACUUGUUAGCAGAUGAUGACCGUCUAUCACGAAGCAUAUCAUUAUAUAAAAAAAGAAACUAGUAUCAAUCCAUUACAGAAAUCAUAUGUCUUCCCAUCAGAGUAUAUCAUAAUAUAUCUUCCUUCGAAGAAGAAUGUAUUUUCCCUAAAGAAAAAAACAAAUUAACUUUUUCCAUAUCUAGAAUAAAUAGAAACUAUAUAGUAAAAUAUAUGUUCCACUAAGAAUCAUUACUAAAAGUCGUUAGCCAAUGGAGGAAAAGGAACUGAUUGGUCCGGUUUCCUGUCCUUGAGUGCUGAUUCUCUCAUCGGCCCCUUCGCCUCCCUCCCUCCAUCCCACCCUCCCUCUGUCUGGACGCCAUCUGCUCACGUACUCGACGACGGCGAUGGCAAGAGACAACAACGUGGGUGAUUGAGAGACGGGAAGAGAGAAUCCAGCGCCCCUUUUCCUGUUCCAGCAAUGUGAUUGUCAUGUAGAAUGAUGGAAUAAAAGAAUCAUUCACGUGAUUCCAA